UCUCUCUUAAUUGUGAAAUGACUUUUUUUCCGAUCGAUGUACAGCUCUGAACACACGAUAUCAUUUUAGUUGAGAACCACUGUUAAAACAGUAAUUCCUAUAUACAGGACCAACAAGGUACACAAAACUGAAUUGUUGAAUGUGUAUUAUGUUUGCGGGUCUGUAAGCAUGUGUGCAUACAAAUGCACACAAAUCAAGAAAUAACACGGUAAAAAAUGUAUAAAAAUUUAUGCGCAACUUCUCAAUUAAUAUUAGUAUCUUUUUCAAUGGAAAACUUUACGCAGUUGUGCAUGCUAUUUUGAAAAAUAUACUACAAACUCGCAGGAUCUGUUUACUCGAUUUUCCGAAAGUUACAAUUGGACUAACAAUGAUGUUGCACAAAACGAACUUGAAACUGUGUCGCCUAUGUGGUAAGGAAAAACAGCAAGGCACAGAUUUAUUCUCAGACAAAGUUAAAGGGAGUGUGUUAAUGUCGAUUAUAAACAAAUAUUUCUCGAAGGAGGUGAUAAAUAUUUCAAACUCUGACGCAUUCUCCAAAUACGUUUGCAUCGAUUGUGAACAAAAGAUUUACAUAUUCGACGAGUUCUGCUUGAUGGUAGCUAAUGUGCAAAAACAACUUGCGGCCCCAUCUUUGGAGAUUGAUUUUGCAGAAGACAUGUUGUACCAAUUAAAAGAAAAUGAUGCAAUACCAAAAAAUACCUCGAAUAAGCAAGGGUUAAAGAAAAGUACAUGCCCAAUAUGUGCUAAAAGUUUUAGGUGUCAGUCGCAUUUAAAUAGACAUAAACGUAUUCAUACUGGACAGAGACCUUUUGUUUGCAAUAUUUGCAAAAUGUCUUUCAAUCAGCAAGAAAUCUUAAUGAAGCACAAAGAAAGACACGAAGGGAAGAAGCAAUUUCAAUGUGCAAAUUGUCAUCAGUCCUUUCGUUAUAAAAUUUCACUGAAGUCUCAUAUGAUCAAUUUUCAUAUGGACAUGGAACAGUCUGUUAAUAAUCAGAGUCUACGGAUGGAAAACAAUUCAUUCGUAUGUUCGGAAUGUGGCAAGCAAUUUGUAACAAAAUAUAAAUUACAAAGGCAUUCCAGGUGCCACACUGGCGAGAGGCCUUAUCAUUGCACUUUUUGUUUGAAAACAUUUUCACAAACUGGCAAUUUGAAAGUACAUCAGGUGAAAUAUCAUCAGAUACAUAGUUCUGUGACUGAGAUAAGAAGAGAAACCCAAUACAAUGACCAAAUUGCUGACUGUGAUAUACCGACAACAUUAAAUAAUUUCCAUACAGUUAACAUGUCGGAGAUUGAGCUACAGAAUACGAUAAAUGAAACUAUAAAUUCUACAGAGCAAAGUAGUUCGUAUGCUUCGAAGAUAUACGAGAAUUCUUUAUACAUUGACGAGGAAAUUGAAACGAUCCUGGAUCGUGAUCUUGGGCAAUUAGGACAAAAUAAAUAUUCGACGAAUAUACAAGAUAAAGUACCGCUUUGCUUAAAACAACCAGAAACUCCUGAAUUACUCCAUAGUUUAUUAUACGAUGAUGGUUAAAUUCGCAGAUUGACUGCGUAUUAUUGUUCCUUUAAAAUAUCAAAAUAAUUUAUUUGAAAAUCCAGAUUCAAAUAAUACAUGCGUUGGAAAUUAUAAAAUUGUAUAUAUUCCUAUGUAACUUUUAGAGGAUAAUUGUGAACAUGCGUCAUUAGUAAAAUAUCAUAAUGCAAAAUAACAAUCUCUAUGAGUCUUUUUGUAAAUUUUGUUAUUAAAAGAAUUUUAUAAGUAA